AUGAUCAACAAUAAGGGAAUUCAAUUCUCCAAGGCGAGGACUGCAGGGAACAGUGUGAAGGUACUCACCAACACACCGGCUGACUACCGACAGCUAGUAACCCUGCUAGACGCAAUGAAGAGGUCCUUCUUCAUCUACCAACUGAAGGAGAACAGGAUAGAACAGAGGGUAGUACGAGGACUGCCCAGGGAGAUGUCGACUGACGACAUCACGGAAGAUUUAGUGAACCAGGGUGUGUCAGACGCCGAGGUUCAACAGAUGAACAACAAAGAAGCCACUUCCGCUCUUCCUCGUCAAGACGAAGAUGCCAGAAAAGCUUCUAGAGAUCCAGAGGCUGGCCAUGCUCACGGUCAGCUUCGAGAGAAAGAAGAAAUCCACCGAGCCCAGCCAAUGCUACCGCUGCGAGCGGUACGGACACACGCAGCGAAACUGCCGUCUCGCUGA